ACUUCUCUAAGCAUAGGUUUUGCUUUUGUUUUAGGACUUGACUGGUUAGCAUGGAAAUUAUGGCCCCUGCUGGUAGAUGCCAAAGGUGGACCCAUUCUACAGAUAACCAGCAUCCAUCUGUCGUUCCAAAGCAGCCAUGUAUUCUAAUGGAAUAAAAAAUAGAAGCACCUUCGAAUAAGAGCUCAAAGUGUAUGAACGAUGUAGUAACAUACUAUCUUUUUAAGUGUUUGUGAUGUUUUGAAGUCUGUAUCUUGAAUGGCUGUAUCUUGAAGGUUGUUGGAGUGUGACACGCGUGUGUUUUGGAUAGGUUUACAGCAAGAAAUAGUAAACUUGAAUGAUGAAAAGGUGACAUAAUGAAUGCCGCUUGCUCAUUUAGAAAAACAAUUAGUUCGUGUAAUAAAGUAAUAAAGAUUUAAACACAAAAGAAAAGGCACUAGAAUCAUCUGUUUUUGUUAAGCUGUAAUCUAAUGUGUUUGUGAUAGGAGAGACUAGGUGCAGUCGUAACAUUUUUUUAUAUUUUUGUUCGUAACUCACAUACUUAAAAUACAAUAGUCAUCUUUUGAUGCACCUCCCUUGACAUCGAACACCUCUACAGGAUUCUUUCGGGCUUAACUUGGAAAGAAUUAAUUUGUGCUGAGGACCGCUAUCUAAAUAGACAGAGUCAUUCUUAGCCCCUCACUGCAGGGCGAAAGGUCCAGGGGGCGGACCCACGUCCAAAAUGGGAGGAGCUCAAUCUAGUUCCUUGGUGAGGACCAUCUGUGUGUGCAGCAAGUACAGCAAACUGAAGCUAGUGCAGAAAACUGAAGGUGUAGAUGACAGGCUUUAACCUAAAGACUGCAUGUUUAGUUGUAAUUUUAAAAACACUUGUAAUGAAAAGUAACACUCUUGCGGGAUCAAGGAAAUAUUUCCCUAUCACUAGCAAAUUUACAGCUGCAGAAUUCUGAGAUUAUAAACAACCUAAGACUCGCAGAGUUGUAGGAGGUCAUCAGCACCAUGAGGCUGCCAGUAGCGUGCCUGUUUUUUUCCCUAAUGACCUCUGCUCCUGGGGGUCAGGCUGUGAAAUGCCCGCGCGUCUGUGUCUGCGACGACACAAAGCUCACUGUGACGUGUGUAAAGAAGAAUCUCACACUUAUUCCUCCCACUAUAAACGAGAUCACAGUGAAACUCGACCUGAAGAGGAAUAAUCUUGGGGAACUGCCUAAAAGUGGGUUCAAACACACACCGUACCUGACCCACCUGAACCUGCAGGGAUGCAGUAUCCGGUCCAUCAGAGAGGGGGCGUUCAGGGGACUUUCACGUUUGGUGCAGCUUGACCUCACUAGCAACAGUAUUGACAUCCUCUAUCAGGAAUCGUUUGACGGUUUAUCAUCGCUAAAGCAGUUGUAUUUAGACAGGAACCGCAUUGAAGAGAUCAACCCUGGAGCGUUUGCUGCUUUAAACUCUGUUAACCUGCUCUCCCUCACUCACAACCAGCUAGUCUACCUCCCCAACAUGGCAUUCCAGGGAAUGCUGAAUAUCCAGUUGUUGCGUUUGAGUCAUAACUCUCUAAAUAAUCUGGCGACGGAAGCCUUUGCCGGUCUUCUUGCACUCACACACUUAAACCUGGAUCAUAAUGAACUUCAGUACUUUCCUACCAAAACUAUGACCAGACUGAUGGAGUUGACUCACCUGGACAUGAGUUUUAACCCAAUGACAUAUCUGGUGGAGGAGAGCGUGUCCAUGCCGAAACUCACACAUCUGUCUCUGAAGCACAUGGCCCUGCAGGACCUGUCUGAAUCGGCUCUGUCUCUGUCUCCUCAUAUCUCUCACCUCGAUCUGAGCUACAACCAGCUCCCUUACAUAUAGGCCCUCAAAAUGUCCUCGCAGCUCACUAGCCUUAACCUCACCGGGAAUCCGAUCAGAUGUACAUGUUUACUGCAAGGGCUGAAGACGUGGGCGCUGAGUUCAGGAAUCAAGCUCUAUGGGGCCUGUGCUUGGCAGCCGCACCUCUCAGACGAACCUCUACAACAUGUUCAAGAACAGGACCUUCGCUGCAGACCACAUGAUGAGCUGAGGCUGGAUGUGGUAGAAAAAGAAGAAGAUGGAGUUCAGGAAAAGCCCGUGCCAACUGCCAAGCCAAAGAAAAAGAGCAAAUGCCCAAAGAAUUGCCAUUGUGAGGCUGCAGUUCAGCACGCUACAUGUGAGGAGCGUGGUCACACUAAAGUGCCUUCUGGUUUCCCUGGGAACACUCUUCUGCUUGACAUGCGUGGAAACCAUUUCCAUUAUCUUCCUAGCAACAGUUUCCCUCGCGUCCCAGAGGUGGUGUCUCUUCACCUGGACAGCUGUAAGAUCCACGAGAUCGAGGGUGGUGCCUUCCGGGGCAUGAAGGGGCUGAUGUACCUCUACCUGUCUGACAACCAACUGUCUUCCCUGGACACGAAAACCUUUGAAGAUGCCCAUGAGAUCUUGUACCUUCACCUGGAAGGAAAUAAACUCACUCAGUUUCCUUCUUCAGAAUCACUGGCUCACAUCCCCAAACUCCUCGAGCUGCAUCUGGAGAGGAACCUUAUAGUUAAGCUAGAGCCUUCAGGCCUCCUUUCCCCGGUCCCUCAGCUGUCGGGCCUUUACCUCAAUAAUAACGUCAUCGCAUCCAUAGCGACAAAAGCUCUGGAUCCGGCAGCCAAGCUGGACGUCCUUCAUCUUGAUGUUAAUGCGCUAACAGAAGUGCCGAGUGAUAUGUUAGGCCAUGCCCCUCUUUUGACAGAGCUUCGCCUUUCAGGGAAUCCGAUUCGCUGGAUUGGGCCAGGAGCAUUUAAAGCGGUGGCUGACAGUCUGAAGCACCUGCACAUUGACAGAAUGAGUCUUCAGAAGAUGAGCGCGAGAUCUCUGGCAGGGUUUGGUCCUGGUCUGUUGACUUUGUCUCUGGAAGAGAAUCAGUUAGAGGAGUUGCCUGACCUUUCACCUCUUACUGGACUUCAGUUCCUUACCCUUAAUAAGAAUCCGUUAAUGUGUGACUGCAAAUUACUACCAUUUUACAGAUGGUUGAAGAAUUCGAGUCUGAGGGUUGAGGCCGUGUGCGGUUACCCCUCUGAGCUCCGAGGUCAGUCCGUGAUGGAGGCUGCCAUCUUUAAGAACUGUUCUGGAGAAAAUGCUCAUUCCUUCAACGAGACCUCCAUCCCUACCAAAGCCCCUACACCUAACAAACCCAUGAGGACCACAAAGGCCGGACCUGCGGAAUCUGAACCUAAUCCUAAACCAGCGAAGACCAAACUAACGGCGGCACCAAAGAAAAAUGAGUCUGAUGAACUCAAACCAGUGCGGGCUCUGAAAAAAAACAGGUCAAACAAGAAAAAAAGAGGAAGACGACCAAGGAUUAAGUCUUCAGUUAAAAAUCCUAGGUUUUUUUACAUUUAAACCAAGUGGAUAAUGUAAUAUAUUCAUCAGCUGAACAAGUUACUGCUGUUGCUUAGUUUAUUUAUAGGUAAAACUGAUAGAGACCAUAGUUUGUACUGUAUUCAGUCUUUACAUCAACUGUUCGUAGUUCUUGAAUGUGUUAAAAAAAAUUCAAAGCAGAACAGAAUGAUUUUGAAUAUGUAAUUAUGAAGUUUGUUUAUUGGUAUAAUUUCACUUAUAAUACGAGCUGUUAUAAUGUUAUGUUUGAGCCAUUUGAAAUAAAUCCUUUAUCUU